CUAAUCACCCCUCAAUAGCAUGCAUUUUUAGUGGAAAAACUGCCGGUGAGUGCAUCACCCCUCAAUAGCAUGAAGUGAUAUAUUUAUAUACCCCUCAAUAGCAUGAAGUGAUAUAUUUAUCACCCCUCAAUAGCAUGCAUGAAGUGAUAUAUUUCUAGUUAGUUCCAAAACUCUUGAACACACUACUCUCCAUGACUACCACUAAAAGUGAAAGCCCAGCUCAUCAAGAAAAGAAAGGUGAAAAAAUGAAAAACUCAGCAGAGAACAAAAAAGAAGAAGAAGUAGAACUAAAACCCUCAAAGAAGAAGGAACAACACUAUUAUCCAGUUUCAAAACCACCUUCAGCCCCAACACUACAAGACUCAUUCAAUAUCUCUCACAGCCACCACUCUUUCAGCGAAGGGGACCUUCAGAUGGUGGCGGCUAGCUACUCUCUUUCUUCGCUCAGCGACGGCGCCAUUAAGGUUGUUAAGGAUGAAAAGAAUGAUAAGAGUUUGGUGGUGGCAGUGAUGGAUGUUGAAGAAGAUGCUGAAGAUGCUGAUGGAGUGAACAAGAAAGAGGGUAAGUGGUACGUUGUUCUUUUGGCACUAAGGAUUGCUGCUUUUGUGUUAUGCCAAAUAGCUUUCUCUGUGCUGGCUGGUGAUAGAAGAAAGAAAUUGCGUCGAGGGUCAUCAACAAACAAUUUGUAUCUUUCAUACUAUGAUUCAUCAUCGUCGUCUGAAUAUUCUCAAACACAUUGGUAUGACUACGAGGCAUUCAAGUACUUCCUAUCAGUAAAUAUAAUUGGGUUCGUGUAUUCUGGAUUGCAAAUAUAUGAUAUAGUGAAGUACAUGAUUACUAAAAGACACACAAUGGACCCCAAGCUGCGGGGUUACUUCGACUUUGCUAUGGAUCAGGCCUUAGCAUAUCUUCUAAUGUCAGCAUCAUCAUCAGCUGCCACCAUAGUCUGUAGUUGGACAAACAGUGUUUUGGCUGCAGACAAGCACGUGCAAAUGGCGAACGCAUGUGUUGCUUUAUCCUUCGUUGCAUUUGUGGCCUUUGCCUCUUCCUCUGUUGUUUCUGCUUUCAUUUUUUGUAGAGUCAACUAGUGUCUGCAAUUGGUCUAUAUAGUAACAUUAUAUCUAUUAUUGUAUGUGUCAAGGACACAAACUGUAUGUGUGGAUUUUACAAUGAAUUUUAGUCGGACGUUGCUGAUAUGGUUUGCAGUUGAAGUUAGAUUUGUCUUAGUAUGUGAUUCUAAUUAGCUAUCUAUUAUUGUAUGUGUCAAGUACACAAACUGCAUGUGUGGAUUUUACAAUGAAUUUUAGUUCGACAUUGCUGA